GUGGGUAGGAAGAGGACUGUGUCAGUCACCAGGGCCCAGAGCGAGGGAGGAUGCCCAGGGAGGAUGCCCACCCUACACACCCCGGAUACUGCCUCUAUGUCUGGGAAGAGAGUCGGACCUCACCUCUGCCUCACGAGUCAAGAGUUCAUGACACUAACUCUCCUAGUCAGGAAUGCGUGACUUUUCGAAAGACAGUCCUUGUCCCUGACGUUACCAGCAUGGCCAUAUGGUUCAUCAUUGUUCUAUUUUGCACUUAUGAUGUGGGUGCAGAAAUGGGGACUACCCCCAACUUGAAGCAAAUAGUGAUUGGGCGAUGCUUUGACUACAUCACACUCGUAAGCCCUACCUCAAGAUAUGACUGCGAAGAUAUCUGGAAGGAGUUUGAGGAAGCAGUUGUGCGACGGUCUCCCUGCAACGUCAAGGUCAAAGAUUACAAAAGGAUGUUCCGCGCCACGCCACAGUCUUUGCCGUGUGACAGGCUCCUCUUCUGGAGUAAGACCCGGGAUCUGAUGCACAGCUACGCAGCCGUGACGCAUCGCUUCUGGACCCUGGAGGACACCCUGGUGGGCUACAUGUUCAACGACCUUGUCUGGUGCGGACAGCAGGAGAAGGACAGAGGCUUUGAUUUCAACUCUUGCCCAGAGUGGUCUGCGUGUGUUAAUCAUCCUGUAUAUUCCCUGUGGAGGCGCGCUUCACAAAAUUUUGCUGAAGUGGCAUGUGGCAACAUCACAGUGCUGCUUAAUGGAUCCAUUGAGAAUGCCUUCAACAGGAAAAGCAUGUUUGCGAGUGUCGAGCUGGGCAGUCUGAACCCCAGGCUGGUGGAUCACGUCAACAUCAAAGUGGUUCCAAAUCUGGAGGGGCCUUUCAUUGAAUCCUGCUCUCAGGGAUCCAUUAUCGACCUCAUAAAGAUCCUGCAAGAUAGAGGGUUCCAUUGGACCUGCACAGACAACGACUUGACCCUGAUUAUGCUCCAGUGCAUUCAGAACCCUCUGCAGUUCUCCUGUCAGACAUGUUCAAACAGCCUGCUGAAAAGAGAAAGGACAACUUAGGUGAAACAGCUGCUAAACUGGUUUAGGAAUCCUCAGAUGUGCAGACCAGUGCCCUUUUAUAAUUUUAGGUGUCAAGUUACUUUCGGUUGAAAGCAGGUUCAUCACCUCAAUUUAUCCUCAGUCUCUAAGAAACACGUCCUUUCAUCAUUUCCAAUCAGUGAAAAAAUAAAAUAACUGCAGUUCACUUUCACUUCCUUCUCUGGAAUGAAGUAUUGUGCAAUUAGAACAGAUGCAUUUCAGUAGUCAUCCACUCUCAACUGAAAGACAUUUCCAGUUUUGAUUAGAUUUGAUAUCUGAAAUGAUACAGUGAGCAGUGAGAUGCAGCACACAUGCCUGGAAAAAAUAAACACUGUAGUACACUGAAGUAUUCUGUAAAUGCAAUUGGCCCAUUGUAAAUGAAACUGUGUUGUGUAAGUUAAACAUUGUACAUGACAUAUGGUAGUGUAAAAUAAAAAAUAUAUAUGAAACACCAUG